AUGUUAAUAAUUAAUUUGCUUUAAAAUUUUUUAAUUGCUUUUCUUCGAAAAUGUGUCAUUGUUAAAUUGUAGUGUAAUCUAACAAGACUUCAGGGUUUUUCUGCUUUAAAAACUUAAUUCCCACCUUUACAAAAAAAUUUAUUAAAUCUUAACAAUUGUUUGAUUUCUUUUUGGAAGACUAUAAAUUUCCAAAAAUUGGCAGGUCAAUUAACAAUAAAAAAUUUUUAUACAAUUAAAAUUGAUAAAGAUUAAAUACUCAAAUAAUACUGGCAUUCGCAAAUGACAACUGAAACUAUUUGUUAAACAGAAGCUCAAGCUACAUAACCUGCUUGCGAGAGUGAUUCUAUGAAAAUUGUUUUACAAAAAAACAUAGAUGCUCACAAUAUUGAAACUAAGUAAAAUGAGGUUUCUUCUAAGACUGCUGAAACAAAGAGUGACUUAAAUAGCUAAUAAGAUUGCACUAUGAACACGAAGUCUCAACUUCACAAAAAGAAUAUUGCUAAAGCAACUUACUUAGGUAUUUGCUUUAUGGUGACUUUCACGGCUUUUAACACCUGUCAGAAUAUGGUCUCAUCCAUUUAUGAUAAAAUGGGAUAUGACUCUCUCGGUAAUAUUGCUUUGUUUGCAAUAUACUUUGCUUUUGGUAUCUGUAACAUUUUCGCACCAAGUAUUGUCAGAAGAGUUAGCUAUAAACUAUGCCUCAUAAUUGGAUCUCUGGGCUUUAUCCCUUUUAUGGCUAUCGGAGUUGUAAUUUCCGGAUGCACUGACGGAAACGAUGUAGCUCCCAGCAGUAAAGAUAUUCAGUGUUAGGAUAAUUUUAUAUAUUCAUCUAUAAUUAUCACUUCUCUUAUUCUUGGUACUACUGCAGCUAUUUAUUACACUACUGCUGGUAACUAUAUGGACUAGAUUUCUAAGAGCUAUCCUGAAUAAAGAGGUACAUACUUUGGAAUAUUCUGGUCAUUAAAUGCAUCUUCAUUUAUAAUUGGAGCUAUAUUAGGAACUGUCCUUCUAAGUAAAACUUCUUACUUAGUUUUUUUCACAGUGAUGCUUAUAUUAGGUAUUGUUGCUUCUUUUCUAUGCCUAUUUAUUCCAAAUAUCUCUAAGCCCAAAGAAUAAUCAAAAAGUUCCUUUACUCUUCGCGCUGAUUUAUAAGAGUACUGGGCUUUGGUUAAAACUAAGUCUUUGCAUCCUCUCCUUCUCUACAUGGGAUUCAAUGGUGUUAUUAUUGCUUUUUACAGUGGCUUCUUAUACAGAUUAGUAGAAAGAUCUCUUGGUGAUGGAAUUUCUUCAUCUGAAAUGACCACUUAUGUUUCAUAUAUUUACAUUUGUUUGGGAGUCAGCUAAAUGAUAUCAGGAUACCUCACUGGUAAGCUCUCUGACAAAAUGAAUUAAUACAAACUGGCCUAUCAUAGUGUCACAAUAAUAGAAAUUGCUCUUUUAAUAGGUCUUCUCGCUUAUAUGGCUAAGUCAUAUAUGAUCUGCUUCUUUUGUGCAUUUUUAUUUGGUUUCUGUGACUGUUGUCUUCAAAGUCUUAUUUCUAUAAUAAGUUCCAAAGAUUAUAGUGGCAAAGAAUAAAUUUUUGCAGUCAAGUACUUAGUGAGUAGCAUAUUCUUAGUAUUAACAGUAGCUAUUAAUAUCCUUCUCAAAAAUUAAGAAGUUUACUAUUUUAUAAUGAUUAUAUUUAUCUUCUAAAUAAUGGCUAGCUAUGCUGUUAUUAGUCUCAACAAACCUAAAUAAGAUGAUGAUUAAAUUAAAAAUAUUAAUUAAGGUUAAGAAAUAAUAGUGAACGAGCAAUAAAAUAAAAUAAAAAUGAAUUAAAAGGAAAACGUAGCACUUUUAUUGUACACUGAAGACUAUAAGUUUGUUGUUUUUAAAUAUGAGAAUGGAAAAUAUGCUAUUCCUCAUUAAAAGUUAACAGAAGAAGAUGACAACUCAUGCCCUCCAUUAGGUCUUACUAGACAUAUUUUAACAAAAAUUAGUGGCGGAUUCUAAUUUUAAAUGGUUUCAUAAGAAGUUUAGCUAGAAUAAAAUAUCGAUGAUCUGAAGAAAUUAUAUGAUCCAAAUGAUUGGCAUAAAUUAUGGAUGAGCUACGAAUAUAAUGAUUUGUGCGAUUAUGUUUGCUAGUUCUCUUUUUCAGAAGUAUUGGUAGAUAACUCUAAUUAUUAGAUUUACUACCAUAAAAUUAAUCAUGAGCAUUUUAGUUUAAAUAUGAAAAAAUUAGGAGUUGAAAUUAUGAUAUUACAUCUAGAUCAAAUAAAAUAACUAGCUGAUAUUGAUGAAGUUACAUCUAAGAUAACCAGUGCUAAUAUUGACUUUUAAUCAGAGAUUCAAAAAUAAAUUGAGCUUGAAAACUCCCCAAUUUCAAGAGAGAAUACUUUCAUAUUUAUUCAAAAUAAACCAAGCGAUUUAAAGACAAAACUUGAAAAAGGUAUUCCAGAUAUGCCUACAAAAGCGUUUUAUUAUGGCUUAUUCAAAAAAAAUAACCAAAAAUGGCUUACAUAUAAUUCUGGUACUCUCCAUCUUCCAACAGAUGAAAUUUUAGAAAAUAGUAAAGGUAUAGUUUAGUCUGGUAGUGCAGCAAGUGCUUACGAAGAUUUAGAUUGGAUUGUCAAAUAUAGAGAAUGGUUGAACAAAAUCUAUUUUAAGCACCCACAUUUAAAAUUCCUUUCAAUUUGCUUUGGAGAAUAAGUACUUGCUCAUUCUUUGAAUGGCAAAUGUGAAGAAGUAGAGGAAAGAAAAGGAGGAAAUAGGUUAUUUUAUAACGUAAAAGUAGAAGCUUUAAAUUUCGAUGAUAGCUUUUAUAGCUUACCAUAUGUCUGUAAAUUAAAUGUUACAAAAAAACCUAUUUUUAUUAGUAAGGCCCAUGGUGAUAUAGUAAGUCAGAUAGACACUAAUUUAUUUAAAGUUAUUGGAAGUUCAGAGAAAUAUCAUGUAGAAGUUUAUACAGAUGCCACAAACUAAGGAAAUAAAGUUCUUGCAUUUUAGGGUCACCCUGAAUAUGCAGGUAAAUGGAAAAUCAGAAAAGAUUCAGAAUUUCUUGCUUUGUUCUAAAAGAAGCCACUUGAAGAAGUUUUUGAAUUUAUAAAAAAGAGUAGAGAAACAGGAUUUGUUGACGAUUACCACUUAUUAAGAUCUAUCUGUGCUAGCUUUUUACAAAAUUGA